CGGAAGUGUAUCAACUGUCAAAGAGGGAAUUGCCCGCCCCCUGUUGUUGUACAGUAUGUAGGUUAAUGGUCGUUUGUUAUGCUUUCAUUUCCUCUUUAAAAAUAACAGGGAACGGCACACAUGACGGAUCCAAAAGGAGCCUCGCUGUAUGCAGCGAGCACGUCAGCCGAUGUGACGCGGAGCACGGAGGAGGACCCUCUGGUUGACGGCCCUCUGAUCUCCGCUGAUGCCCUCCACUCUGCCAUCAGGAGAGAGUUUCAGACUAUCCCAACACCCUGCCCUGCUGCACUGCUGUCGCUCCUACAUAUGGUGUAUGUGGCAUUGUCCAUUUGUGUGGCGGUGGAAUGUGAGCUGGAACUCGGCAGGGCGGAGGAGUGUGGCAGUGUGUUGGGUGUUGUGAAAGGCCAGAGUGUCAUUGUGUUUGGGAAGGUGUGUUUAUGGGUGCUGGUGCUGUUUUUUGGUGAGUGUGUGCAGCACCAUCACAGUCGGGCCAGGAGCAGAGGAUACCUCCGAUUCUACCGACAGACACAGGGACUGCAGCGUUUGCCUCUCACCGUGCACUCCGCAGGAAAUGUGUUACUGUUAGUUGUCCUGGCUGCUAGAUUGAAACCACUUCUGUCCAUCUCCAUGAUCCUCGGCAUUCUGGGAUUGGAGCUCGUGGUGGCGUUGCUGUGCCUGCUCCUCUACACAGUCAGGGUGAUGCAGUUCAACAGGGACCGAGCCAUGCCAGAUGUGAGCCAAGAAGAGAUUUCACACACCUACAGUAACACAAGCCUGCCUACUGAGACUGGCUUCAGAGAGGGCUCUAGUCUGGAGGAGGUGGUGGAGAAGCAGGCCGACCUGAUAGAGUACCUGAAACAACACAACACCUUACUGAGCAAGAGGCUGCUCAACCUCACCGCUCAGCACUGACCCCAGUCCAGCCUCUGCCUUGAGCCCGGCACCACCCGAUCACUACCCAGCCCUUUAAAGACAAAAGGAGAUGCGACGGGAUCCAUGGGCCUGAAGGAGAGGAUUCAGGAGAGAAGAAAAACGGGAUAAGAGACUAAAUGUAUGAGAGGUUUACUGAGUAAGGAAAGCUCUCCACACACUCAUACACACCUGUACACACACAGACUGAGACAGGGGGGCCUCCAUGCGCGACAUCUUCUGAAAACCACCUGAGAUGAACAGAUAGCAGGGGAGUGAGGAGGAGAGGAGCCACUGGAGGAAAGGAGAGCGGAGGAUGGUAAAGGAGGGGAGGUGGGAGGAGAAGAGACAUGGGUCACAGAUCAGAGGGAGGGGUUUUAUUACUGUGUUACGACCCCAAGUGACCUGUCCUGUGUACGUGGGGGCUUGUGUGACUGUGAGAGACACUUUCAGAGAAGGUGAACUUGUUUUAGAGAUCAUCUACGCUUAGCGGGGGAACGGUGACAAAGCUAAAGCCAAAUGCACUGAAAGUGGAGGGGGAGGGAGGAAGAGGGAGGAGGGGUGGAAAGGUUAUCGCUUAUCAGGGUCGCCCAAGACAAGAGAAAGAGGUCGAGUAGCACUGUAAACGCCCGUGUUGUUUUAUUUGUGACUGUGUGUAAAUGCAUUUAGAUGGUGUGAAUGUCUUCCCUUGAUUGUCUUGCCGAAUGUCUUAUUUUGUCUUUUCUUUUCUGUCUGUACAGAGUUUGUGUACAUGAGAUCGGUUUCUAAUAAAUCUUUAAUAUUGUCA